AUGUUUUUCAAGAGCUGGCUAAGCAGGGCUGCCCUCGCAGGAGCUACUUUGGCCGCGGCUGACGAUUCCGCCAUUCUGUCCCAAGAACAUGCGCGGGAAACAAACCAGAGCUUGUUAUGGGGUACCUAUAGGCCGAAUGUGUAUUUUGGGGUGAAACCCAGGAUUCCGAAUAGUUUUAUGAGUGGGUUGAUGUGGUCCAAGGUCGAUGAUUAUCAAGAUGUGCAGUUAAACUUUAGACAUACUUGUGAGCAAGGAGAUGGCAUGAAAGGGUAUGGAUGGGACGAAUAUGAUGCCCGGGCGGGUGGCACGCAGACGAUAUAUGACGAGCAGAAUGGGAUUGAUAUCACCACGAUGUUCGUCAAGAUACCUGGGGGAAGCCAUGGUGGUAGCUGGGCUACGAGAGUUAGGGGCCAAGUGAGGAAAGAUUCCCCACCGGCUUUGAAGUCGACAGUUGUCUUCUAUGCGUCUCUGGAAGGGUUGGGUAGCCUGGAGGUUGAGAAUGAGACAGAUCCAUUGGGAUAUGAGGGAGAUGUCACUUUGGCUGGCAACUCUGCUGGCUUGGGAGACUACAAAUUGGUUAUUACUGAAGGUCGAGGAUACCAUCCUAAGCAUCCCCAUAAGUCUUACCUCGACAAGCCCCUAGACCGAACGAUUGUCAACUCUCAAACCAUAGCUAGAGAAAUUCUUUGGCAGACGAAGCCAAUUCUGUUCAAAAGCUUGAAGGAGCAAAUCGACGAAUAUCUGGCGGAAUAUGGCGAGCAAAACCCACCUCCUCCACCCCAGGCGUAUACAAUCAAGAAUGAUGCCGGAACUGGAAAUUUGCACUUGAUCCAGAAGGUAUUUGAAGGAGAUUUCGAGUUUGAUAUUAUUUUCAACAGUGCUUCUUCGCCCAAGGAAUAUUUCAGUCAAGAUGUCACACAAUUGAUCAAUCAAAACUCCAAGAACUUUUGGGCGAGAUUCGUCUCGACGUUCGACCCUCAGCCGCCAUUCGAUGUGGAGAAUCUGCAAAGGUUUUCGGCCAACAUGUUUUCUAAUCUGCUUGGUGGGAUGGGGUACUUUUAUGGAGACUCGGUUGUUGAUCGAUCAUAUGCUCCAGAGUACGACGAGGAGAAUGAAGGGUUUUGGGAAGAUACUGCUGAGGCUCGAGGAAGAAACGAGCAGCAGCUUGAAGGCCCGGCGGAGUUAACCACUCUCGUCCCUUCAAGACCUUUUUUCCCAAGAGGCUUUCUAUGGGAUGAAGGUUUCCACCUCAUGCCAAUUGUUGACUGGGAUCUAGAUCUGACUCUUGAGAUUGUAAAGAGCUGGUUUAAUCUUAUGGACGAGGAUGGAUGGAUUGGUCGGGAGCAAAUUCUCGGUGCCGAAGCACGAAGCAAAGUACCAGCAGAGUUCCAAACACAAUACCCGCAUUACGCCAACCCCCCGACUCUGUUCUUUAUUCUCGAUCAGUUUGUGAGCCAACUUGGAGCCUUGAAUGGUACCACUCCUGCCAGGGAAAAGCUCACACCUCAAUUGAAUUCGAAACAUCUCCAGAAUCAAGAUCUCGCACUCGAGUAUCUCAGAGACUUGUAUCCAAAGCUUAAGAAACACUACUACUGGUUCCGCAAGACCCAGUCUGGCGACCUGAAAUCCUACGACCGCGACGCCUUCAGCUCAAAGGAAGGCUAUAGAUGGCGAGGCCGUACCCCUCAACACAUACUGACCAGUGGUCUCGACGACUAUCCACGUCCACAGCCUCCACAUCCAGGAGAGCUACACGUUGACUUAAUCUCAUGGAUGGGUAUGAUGACGAAGUCUCUAAAGAACAUCGCUUCCCUUCUCCAAAACGACGAGGACGUUGCCGAACUAACAACCAUCGAGACGGCCAUUCUCCACAACAUCGACGACCUCCACUGGAGCGACAAAGAAAAGACCUACUGCGAUGCAACGAUCGACGACUUUGAAGAAAACGUCCUCGUCUGCCACAAAGGCUACAUCUCCCUCUUCCCUUUCUUGACCGGGCUCCUGGAUCCCAAAAGCAAGAAACUAAACCACGUGUUAAAACUACUGGGUGACCCGGAGGAGCUGUGGAGUGAAUAUGGUAUCCGCAGUUUAAGUAAGAAGGAUGAGUUUUAUGGCACGGGUGAGAAUUAUUGGAGAGGUCCAGUUUGGAUGCCGAUUAAUUAUCUUGCGCUUACACAACUCCUCAAAUAUGCACAAACCCCCGGACCAUCCCAAGACCUCGCCACAACCCUAUACUCCACACUCCGCCUCAACCUCAUUAAAACCGUCUUCGACGCCUGGACCGAAACAGGCUUUGCAUGGGAACAGUAUAACCCUGAGACGGGCAAGGGGCAGCGGACGCAGCAUUUUACCGGCUGGACUAGUCUCGUGGUUAAGAUUAUGGGGAUGCCGGAUUUGAGCGGUGGGGAGUUUGAGGUUAGUGGGAAGGGCAAGGGGUUUACGCUGGGGAGUGUGAUUGGUGGGGAGAAGGAUGAAUUGUGA